AUUAAUACGUGUGUUUAAUUUUGACAAACAUGUCCAAAUUGAAAUAAAUAAAAUAAAACUUUUUGUGGUGAUAUCCAUGUAGAGCAUAUUUUUCACGAUCUUUAUAAUGUUUAUAUUAUUAUCUGUCCAUAUAUCUUUGUAAAGCAUGGUUUUAAUUUUAUGGUAUUUAUUUAACAUCUCCCAAUUUAUGAACCUUGAUGUGCUUCCAGAAGUUGCACAGAAUAGACACAGCGAGGGGUGGGUGGAAGGAUUUUUUAGGCAUUUUUUUUUAUCACAACAUGGGAUUUGACAUGUGAGACAAAAAUCUGUGAAACAUUUUCUGUACACAGCUUUUUAUUAUUAUUAUUAUAAUAAAUAAAUGUAAGAGUUUGUGCUUUAAAUUUUAAACGAUAAUCUUCAGUCACGGUUUUAGUGCAAAUUGGAAAACUUCAGGGGUUAAAACAAAAAUUUCCGAAAUGUGGGGGAGUCAUUUAUAAUUUCCACUGUGUGUGUUUUGCGUGAAUUUACUCGUAUAUAUUGGUUAGACUACAUUACGGUUACAUUGCCAUUUUCAAGAAUCCCAACUGUAAGUAAUAACUCGCCAAUUUCAACUCUCUCUCAAGAACAACAAAACCACCAUGCCCCGGCGCCGCAAACACCGCACACAUCGCCAACUGACUCCUACACCACCACCACCACAGCUACCAUCCAUCAACCACAGCACUACUACUGAAAUACUCAGUCGUGCCGCCGUCAUCUUCUACCGUCACCUCCCUACAUUCCUGGCCCUCUCCCUCAUCCUCUGGUUCAUCCGCAGCACUGUAGAGGAAAUGUAUGACGGCCUAACCCAUGACUACGAACCUUCCGUCAAAGACCUCCUCGCCCGCAUGGAAUACCCCAGUGCUCACCGCAUCCGUCAAGAGUCUCAGCUUUCCCCCGUCCGUACUGACGAUAAUUUCUUUUCCGGCGACUCACAUGACCAUCCCCAGUCGAAUCAAUCCGGUGGCAAUACCACUAAUUCCAGCUUCGAACAUGUCAACUCGUUCCCGCAAAUCAUCCUCCCAGGAGGCUUCUCUUUCAGGGCUGAAAUUCCGAAAAAUAAUGACACAGUAAAUAAAUCCGUGGAAAGAAGUUUGGACGAUCCACUUAUUGAGUUCGAUUUGGAGUUAUUGCGAAAGGGUCUCGUGAAUGGCCUUGAUGAUGUCAAUUUGUUGUUCACUUUGCGGAUCGUUUCACGUGUGGUUUAUGCAUUUGCAUUUUUCACAAGUUCAUUUGCCUACACUUGGGCACAUGGGAUUGUUUUUCUUCAGGUGAUAGAUCACCUGUCUGGAAAUCAGAGAUCGGUAUAUCACUCUAUUCUUAAUGGUGCAACGUUUGGGUGUAGAAGGCUUCUGCAGUUUAGUUUCUUCGUGUUUCUUGUGGUUGCCAUGAGGGUGAUGUUUAUUCCCUUUAUCAAUCUGGUGCCAUGGGUUCAAGGUCCUCAAUGGGAGAUUGCAGAUUUUACAGUGAAAUGGUUCUGCACCGAUUUGAUUGUGGGUUGUAUAUUUUCCGUGGCUACUUGGGUUGCCGUAGUAGAGUGGCCAAUCAGUAUUAUAGAAAUUUCGCAAGAAACUUGGCAUUUAUUGGCAGCUUUCCGUACCCCUGCCCUUGAGAUAAGGGUUUUGGAAGCGAUAAUCUGCGGGUCUUUCGGGAGGGGGAUAGUAUGGACAUUUUUCGGGAAUUCUUGUUCUUUGGCUUUUCAGUGCGUGAUGGAGGUUUUUUUCUUGGUGGCUUGGGUGCUUUAUUACUUGUCAGCAAGGAAUUUGCUUGGGAGGGGACAGAUGCAAGCCCUUCUUGGAGAGCUCUAUGUACAUUGCUUCCGGGGCCUGCAAUUCAUCAUUUACAAGACAUCUAUAGAGGAAGAGAAAAUAAAUAAAACCACGGAAAGAAGUUUGGACGAUCUCGAUAGUGUGAUUGAUUUGGGAUUCUUGAUAAGGGGAUUCAAAUUGAGUCAGCAUGAUGUUAAUUUGUUGAAAGCUUUUCUUUUCAAUGCAUGCUAUGUUUAUUCAUUGGUGCUGGUUACAGUUGUAGUUAUCUUUUCUUGGGAAACACAGGUCCUGCAUUCACAUUCUUUUCGUUGGUGUAGUAAAGAGUGGGCUAAGAAAUAUUUUGCCACUUAUUUACAUGAAAUGGAUAGUGAUGGCUGUUCUGGCACUGGUCAUAGAGUUUUGUUCAAGCUGGAACAAAAUUCAGAAUAUGUAUAUUGUGUAGUGGUUUUCUUGAGGGCGAUAUAUGAUCCGUUUAUCAAUCUGGCGCUAUGGGUUCAAGGUCCUGAACGGGAGACCAUAGUGUUCAUAGUGUUCUGGUUCUUAAUGGAUUUGAUGGUAGGAUUUAUAUUUUCUGUGGGUUCUUGGGUUGUGUUUGUAGAUGGGACGACAAAUAUUAUAGAGAUUGAGGAAGACACGGACAGUAUGUUUUUGAGGUUGGAACACCCUGCUUGUAAAAUAAGGAUUUUGGAAGCUAUAAUUUGCGGGUCUCUAGGUAGGUUGGUGUUGUGGUGGGUUCUGGGGGGAUAUUACUCAUUGGGUUUUCAGCGCGUGAUGGAGGUUUAUUUCAUGGUGGCUUGGCUGGUUUAUUACUGUUCAGCAAGGGCUAGGCUUGGGAGGACAGUGGGAAGGAAACAGUUGAAAGCCAUUCUUGCAAAUUGAGCCAAAAGGAGAUUUGUUUCUUAAAAC